AUGGCAAAUCUAAUUCUAACACCUGAAAAAGUUCAAGAAUUACUUAAUAAAUUAUCAACAACCGAAAAAGCUUUAAAAGAAGCACAAGAACAAGCUAAAUUAUUAUUAGGUUUGGCAAGAGAUUUUACUAAACUUUUGGAAGUUCCGAAAGAUCAUAAUGUUUCAAUUAAAGUUGGGAAGGAACCAAAUGUAGAAAUAUUUAAUGUACAUUCCGGUAUACUUCGUACGAGAUCAUCAUAUUUUGAUGUGGCAUUUUCAAAUAAAUGGGUUAAUAAAGAUAAGGAUAAUGUAAUAUUAUUUCAAAAGGAAAAUAUUACGCCAAAAAUAUUUCAAAUUAUAUUGAGAUAUUUAUAUGGAGGUUUUUUGGAAUUAAAUGAAAUUUCACCAGAAGAAGUUUUUGAUCUUUUAAAAGCUUGUGACGAAUUUUGUCUUGAGGAAACAAUAGAUUUUAUCCAGGACUUUCUUUUAGAGAAACAUAAAUCUUGGAUUAAAAAUAAUUUUUUUUCAAUACAUCGACUUUGUUCAGAAUUUAAAUCAUUUUCAAAAUUAGAAAAUUAUUGCACAAGAUUUAUCAAUAAUUGA